UUUUGCAGAGCAACAACGUGAACAAUUGUUCGGAUCAAAUUUUCAGCAACUCGCGUUGCUUUUCUUCUAAAUUCUACAAAAAAAUGGCGACUCAAAUGAGCAAAAAGCGAAAGUUCGUUGCUGACGGAGUUUUCUUCGCGGAGCUUAAUGAGGUUCUCACCAGAGAGCUUGCUGAGGACGGCUACUCCGGUGUCGAGGUCAGGGUAACGCCUAUGCGCACUGAGAUCAUUAUCAGGGCCACUCGGACCCAGAACGUUCUCGGUGAAAAGGGCAGACGGAUCAGGGAACUUACCUCCGUCGUGCAGAAGCGAUUUAAGUUCCCGGAGAAUAGUGUGGAACUUUACGCUGAGAAGGUUAAUAACAGAGGUCUAUGCGCCAUUGCUCAGGCCGAAUCUCUGCGUUACAAGCUUUUGGGUGGCCUUGCCGUUCGGAGGGCGUGCUAUGGUGUGCUGAGAUUUAUAAUGGAAAGUGGGGCGAAGGGAUGUGAGGUAAUUGUCAGUGGAAAGCUUCGGGCUCAACGUGCCAAAUCAAUGAAGUUUAAGGAUGGAUACAUGAUUUCUUCUGGUCAGCCUGUCAAUGAAUAUAUUGAUUCAGCUGUUAGACAUGUUCUUCUUAGACAGGGUGUUCUUGGUAUUAAAGUCAAAAUUAUGCUCGAUUGGGAUCCGAAGGGCAAGCAGGGUCCUACAACACCCUUGCCUGAUCUUGUUACUAUACAUACCCCCAAGGAAGAAGAGGAGUACAUUAAGCCUUCACUGCUAGCAACUGAUAUCGAGGUUGCAGCUGCUUGAAAUGCAUUAUGGCUGCACUACUUGUACCAAGGGAAAUAUCUUGUAAUUUCUGCACUUGGAGAGUUGUUUUUCUAGGUUACUCAAAAGAUAUGGCUUGUAAGUCUUCGAAAUAGUUCUGGAUACUUGCCACCCUACAACACAAAACCAUAAGUUUCCUGAAUUGUAAUUCUAUUUUACUUUUGGAAGUCGUAAUUAUGGAUUGAUGGAGUACAGUUUUGGUAGACGUGUUUUCUUCUGCAUGUGCAUCUCAUUAUGGAGAAGUUAGAAGCAUCCCACCAACCUGUUACAUGUGUAAACUCUGCAGUCUGUCUAUAGUAAGUUUCUUUGCAACAAGUCACUACGGUGCGGAUUAGCGUU